CCCCUCUUCACGUUCAUGAACCCCCUCACGUGCAGAAAACUCCUCCAACCAAACAAUGCUUCCCAAGUCGCCGCCCCUCUCUCCCCCACCCCCGCCGCAACGAACAACUCCUCCUCCUCCGCCGCCGCCGCCGCAUACAGAAGACAGCUGGACUCCUCCAUUGCCCUAACGAUUAUUGUCCUUCUCACCGCCUUCUUCUUCAUAGGGCUACUGUCCUUCUUCAUCCGCCGCUCCUCCUCCGCCGCCGCGCCACGUGAAGGCGGCGCGGAGGCGGCGGCGUCUCUGCCGGUGGUGGCGUACAGGAAGCAGCAGAUGACGGAGGAGUGCGCCAUCUGCUUGAGCGAGUUCGAGGAGGGAGAGACCAUCAAGCUCAUCCCGUAUUGUGGUCACGUGUUCCAUGCCGAAUGCCUUGACACGUGGCUCCAGCUGCACGUGACCUGCCCCCUCUGUAGGUCUCACCAGCUUUUCAACAAGGAUUCUUGAUUCCAAAUACUACUAUCAAAUAUUCUCUACCUACUUACGUGCUAUCUUUUUGGGAUUAUGUUUAAAUCUAAUUAAUCAUGUUGUUUCUGUAUAUAUAUAUGCUUAAACUUUUCAAUAUUUUGUUUUACUUGAACAUCAUGUCAAUUUCAAAAAAUAAAAAUGUAUCAAAGACUAGAUGUUGAUGGUGAA